AUGUCUGCAGCGUCUGUUCAAGAGCCUUCAAGCGAAGCGAACACUGUAUUCGUCAUCAACGAGGCCAUACCCAAGAGAAGCCUUUUGGCUGCAGAGUCUGCCGGAGAAGAUACAGUCGAAGUUCGCCACGAGAGAACUCUACACACCCCGGAACAGGUGGCCACCGCCAUCGAGAAACAACGAUUGAAUGUUCCGACUGCUGAAGACCCUCCUUCAGCGAAGGACCUCUCAUCGAAGCCGUUGAAAUCCAGGGAUAAAGAAGAAGUCGAGAUUGCAGUAUCUCGAAAGGAACCGCCUUCGACUCUCUCAAAUCAACCAACUGGCCGAACUAGAAGCUCUGCAUCCACAUCUUUCAAAGCAGCUGCUAAACCAUUCACAAGGUCGAAUGCCGCCCAGUCAACAGAACCCCAGGUGGUUCAAGGUCGAAAACUGGCAGUCGAGGUCGGCAACGCAACUGAGCCACUGCUAUCUUCAAAUUUCAGUGUGGAUACCGCUGUUGUUGAAGAGACACAACCUUUUAUGGGACUUCACUUAGCAGACUUUAGCGUCGACGUCUCAGACCUCGAGAAGAUGCGAACGUUCCCAAGCUCAGUGCCUCUCCCAGACCUUGACGGCGACCUGGAAUUCCUCGAUUUCUUCGAUCCGUUUCUAGGAUUACCUCCGAAGCAACUUGAAGCUUUCGCUAUGCCACCUCUGAGAGGUAACACGGAUGGCUGGUCACCUCUAGAGAACUUUUCGGGUUCGAGCCAGGCUUCGAUGCAGGAUUACGGUUUCCAGCAAACCCAUAUUUCGACUGCACACGCGACCCCGUCCGUGGAUGACUCUACCCAAUCAUGGGAAACGGCCAGUCAUGCAAACUCUCGCUCUAAAGAAACCUCCAGCCUGUGGGACGAAACUUCAGCACAGGCACUCACGACAAAUCGCCCUGAUCUCGACGGGUCCUCCGGAUUUCCGAUUCCACAGACAAAAUACGCGAAGCCUCCCGCACUUGCUUUUACUGAAUCAAUGCGAACUCAUCUCCUGAAGGAUCUAUCGAAUAGACUUUCUGCUGAAAAGUUGAACAAUUUUCGAUUGCCCAGUGCAUCUGCACUACAAAAAUGCAUCCGAACCUACGUCGACGCCUUCCACGUCCACCUGCCUAUCUUCCACCUUCAGACUAUGGAUUUUGAAACGACGCCGUCACCACUCGUCCUCGCCAUAUGUGCCAUUGGCGCUCUUUAUCGGCUGGAGAGGAAGAUUGCUGCUUCCUUGUAUUUGAAGGCAGACCAGGCAUUGGCUGCCGCCGUGGUUGACCGAGGUGAGCAUCUCGACAAGAAACCACGGCUGCUGGAAGAGUGGGUCCAGCCGCGAUCUCAAUCACCGAAAUCAACCCCGGAUUCUCUAUGGAAGAGUCAAACCCGAUUACUGCUUGCGAUGCUCAGCUGCUUCAGCGGAGACGCAGAAGUCAUUUCGAAGGCCAUCAUACGUCUUGGCGACUUCCUCGUGGACUUUCGCGAUCUAGCGCCGACUGUGAAGCCUCAAAAAAAUAGAGACAAAUGGCUGAGUUGGCGGGAAUGGGUUGAAAGGGAGAGUGUUAAGAGGCUAUUGUACGGCCAGAUAAUGUUCGGGAACCUCGUCACGAUGACCUAUGGGAUCCCUCCCGGUUAUUCUCUAGUUUCAGAUGGCUUCAUCGAAAUGCCGUGCGACCAAUCUUUGUGGGAUGCACUCACAGAAGAGCAGUGGCAUGUGGCGGCGACGAGAAAAGGGCAGAGCUCUUCACUCAACGUCAAAGAAGCUGUGUCGAUGGUCAUGAACGGAAACUCGACCAAGACAGUGCCGCAGGAAUGUUGGGAAUGGUCGCCAUUCGCAAUCAGCGUGGUGAUCAACGUCAUUUCGAUCCACAUCUGGCAUAUCACACAAGGGUCGUACUUCUUCGGCGAGUUCUCCAGCCCCGGACAGUCCAACGAAACACAAAAGUCUCAGACUCUUGCCCAAACAGAGGCUGCCCUUUCCAGGUGUCGGGCACUAAUUACCCAAGCCAGCUCCGAUGCGGAUUAUCCCUGGACAGAAGCCGAAACGCCUCUGCUAUUUAACUGUCUGGCGCUGUUGCGGGUCAGCUAUUGUCGAGCUUUUACGGGACAUAGUGCUGCCGAUUCAGCGGUUCUGCUCAAGGAAAGCCAGGAAGAAUUCAUGGCCUCGAUAGAGGACUUUGUCGCGCUACCGCAAAACCGCGGCAAUCUCGUUGCCAGGGCGGUCGGUCGCGCAUUCGAAGGCAUGCUGAUACCCUAUAAAGCGGGGACAAUGCUUAUCAAGAAGACGGCUGCUUUGACCUGGGCGAUCGGACACGCUUUGGCGGGGUGGGAGGCAGCGUUACUGGUUACGAAAUGGGUGCAUGCCAUUGAGGUUGAGACACGGUCAAGUCAUGAUUGUGAUUCGAUCAGCGAGCUCGAGGCUCAGACCAUGCAGGCCAUCAGAAACCUGCUGUCGGAAUUAGAGGACGGGCUCGAUGGUGAAAUCGGUCCUUCCCUGGCAGCCAAGCUGGCACGAUACUGGGCCGGUUUCUACGAUGAUACAUGGGUAUGGGGAUUGACUCCUCGAAUGGGAUAUAUUCUGCGCGAGUUGGCCAGCUAUUACGAGAUCAAGUUGGCGGCUUCUUGA